CUCGCGGAGCUGCCGCUUCUACCCCGGAACCACAUCUCCGGUCAUGAGUCCGCACCGGCGCAUCUUUCCGGUAGCGACGGGAAGAAGCUGCGGGGAUCCGCAAGGGCGAACUCGGCGCAGUGAGAGGAGCCGCCAUGUACCGGUACUUACUCCGCAAGCUGCCCGCGGCGGCUCAUCUGCCGAGGAGGGGCGACGCGACUGUCUCGCCCACUUUCAGGGCUGCAAGUGCAAUUCAAAUCAACAGCCUUAGUACAAGUUCCAUCAGGCACUGCGAGAAGAAUGAUGUUACUCUUCCCCCCAAGCAAGAUGCAAAGACAAAUGCAAGUGAAGAACUGGUGAGAGGGAAAGAGGAUGAUGAAAAUCAAGUCCCAAAGGUGUCCAAACAAGGGGAAGAGACACCAGUUUUAAAGACAGAUGAAGGAAGUGCCUCGCAACAGAUGGAUCAUAUGAUUGGGCAGAAAGCAGAAAAACCUAAAACAGACGAGGCUACAGAGGCAAAAAGUGGAAAGGCAAGUUUGCUGGAACUCCUUGGAGCCAUGAAAGUGGAAGUGACUAACAAGAGGAAAGUGAAAUUUCCAAAGAGCCAACAAAACCAGGAGCGGCCCCAGCCAGCAGUAAUGGAGAGCACUGUCAGUAUGUUUCAGAAGCCCACAACGAAAGCAUCAGGUCAAAGUGAGACACUGAACCCUGAACUGGUCGCUGCUGCUUCCGCUGCUGCCUCCACCCUACCCAACCGAAGCAAGGCUGAGUCCGAGCUCCUCAGACAGCUGAGGAAACAUGAGGCAGUGGGUGAAGCCCAGAAGAAAGGGGAGAUGAACAACUUGGGAGUAAUUAUUGCUGACAUGAAAGUGGGAAGGAGACCGAAAAGGCAGAAUGCCUGGCCAGCUAAUCAGAUCCAGUUUGAUGACGACGGGAGGGGGUACACACACGACAGGGGCAUCACAGCUGGGUUUGAUGGAGUCAAUAAAAGGAGGAACUUGUUCUCUAGGAAACGACUGGGCAUCUUUUCUCCUGCUGCCGACCAGGAUGGAGCAGAUUCUGCGAUAGCACAGCUAACCGUGUGGGAUAUUGACUUUGCUAAUCAACUGGCUUCAUCAACCAACCAAAUACCCCGCAAUGGGUUCGAGGAGAUGAUUCAGUGGACCAAAGAGGGAAAACUGUGGCAGUAUCCAAUCGACAACGAAGCUGGACUGGAGGAGGAAGCCAGCGUCCCAUUCCAUGAGCAUGUCUUCCUCGAGAAACACCUGCAGGAGGGCUUUCCUAAUCAGGGACCUGUGCGCCACUUCAUGGACCUGGUGAUUGCCGGCCUGUCCAGAAACCCUUAUCUGACAGUCCAACAGAAGAAGGAGCACAUUUCCUGGUUUAGAGACUACUUCUGCCAAAAGACGGAUGUUUUGAAGGAGGCUGACAUUUACCUCAACUGACCUGAGAAGUGAUAGCUAUGGACGCAAGAGCUGUGCUGAGAUUCCCCAAGGCACGUUUGCACCAACAUCAUCUCUGGCCUUUCAUUUACAAGAUUCUCAUCAGAUGGUGUUGCAGAUGACUACUAGUAACCUGGUCCAGAUUUCCUUGUAGUUCUGGCUACCCGACUGAGAUGGUCGUUGGCUAUUUUUCAACUCAAUUGUUCAUAAUUGUUGUUCAUAAUCUUUAUUCAGAAUCAGAAUCAGAAUACUUAAUUCAUCCCCAAAGGGAAAUUGAGUAAAUUUUAUGGAGUACAUAAUUAUUGAGUACUUUCUAGGUCUAAUUUGCGAUUGUUGCUCAUAUUUGUGACCCAGUGUCUAUUUUGGCACAGUGCUGGAUGGGUAGUUGAUGUGCUGAAAGGGUAAUGUUGUACAGUUAAGUUCUUGUAUAGAGUACACUUAAGAGGAUACUUGCAGUUUGAUAGGGUACCCAUCACUGAUGUCAAGUCAUUACCAUCCCACGUUUGCUCAUUUCUGUUACAUUCAUUACCCUGGCAGAAGAUUAAGUAGCAAAGAUGAAGCUACUCCUGUGCAGAUGUAUUUCAGGAAUAGUCAUUUUCAGAUGCCCCUAAAGAAUUCUAAAAAUAAAUAUAUAAGGACCAUAUUUACACCAAAGCAUUUUUUUAGUAGAAUUCAGUUCAACAUCUGCCUUAAAAGCUAUUAAAUCGUGUAACUUGUGCACCAUAUUGUGCGUGUCUUACAGCUUACCUCUUGCUGUGAUGGAGUCACGGUGUACUCGGACUGGGACAUAAUGGCAUUUUGGAUGGAAUUUUCACGUACUUGUGAAUUUUAUUACUAAUAAAAUUCAAAAGUACAUGUUUUCAGUCAGCGUACACUGUGACUCCAUCACUGCGAGAUGUAAAUUAGACCUCGACUGCUUUUGUUUGUCAUGGCCUCAUAUGCAUGUCUCAUACACACAAGGGAACGAAAUUACGUUUCACAUGGACCUCAGUGCCACAUAAAACAAAUAACACGCAAUAAAUAUUAAAAACAAAGAGUGUGUUAAAAACAAGAAUUACUUCACAGACCUAAACAUCACAAGCACACCUGACACGGACAGUGAGUGAGAAGGUCAAAAAGUCAUUUUAUGGAAGGUCUAAGUGUUCAGGCUGUUGAGGAACCUCACAGCCUGAGGAGUGAAACUGUUGCAUAGUCUGGAGAAGGCAGCACGGAUGGUCCGGUACCUCCUGCCAGAGGGUAGGAGGGUGA